AUGGAUUGUAUCCAAUGUGGUGAAGAAGCCAAAUACAAAUGUCCUACUUGUAGAGAGCCAUAUUGUUCAGUUCCAUGCUGUAAGUUGCACAAAGAAACACCUUGUUCAGCACCAUCGCCAGAAACACAAGAUACAACAGAAAAAUUCACUACAGAAUAUGAAUAUCCUACAGAAGACACAGUACCUCCUGAAAAGUUAAAAUUACUAGAACAAUCUAAGGAAUUAAGAAAGUGCUUAGAAAAUCCAAGCCUAAGAGAAAUAUUAGAAACAUUGGACUCUGCACCAUAUCCUGAUUUAUUAAUGAGUGAAUAUAUGUUAGAACCAAUAUUUACCGAAUUUGUUGAUGCCUGCUUAAAAACUGUUGAUGAAAAAAAUGUC